GCGUCCCAAAGCCUGUAAUUUGGCUGCAAGGACUCCUAGAGUCACUUAUCACAGACCAUGUUUCCCACCACUCCAGUGAAGUAAUUCCCCGCCGUUGGCGAUAAGCAGGCGAAGAAAGCUGACGUUAUCAUUGAUGCCAUCACGAAUUCCGCACCCAUCUAAUUACCCCUCUGCCUCGAUGCACAGCACGCGACACACGAUAUCUCACAAGCCACCACCUUGCUGUCAAGCCUAAGACGCUUCACCUACUUUGACUGGUCGACCCUUGACUCAUUCAUCCGCCCAGCCACACAGCCAGAACGAGCCGUUUCGACAGCCCCCAGAACCACGGCAAACGACUAGGUACUAAGCAUCAGCCACCAUGUCUGAGGACCUAUUCAGACCAGCGCUGAUCGUCGUUGACUUUCAAGAAGACUUUUGCCCGCCUAACGGCUCACUUGCCGUGACCAACGGCCGCGACAUUCAUCCAGUUGUCAACUCACUACUGCGCCUACCGUUUACGAUCAAGAUUGCCACAAAAGACUGGCAUCCCCAAGACCACAUUUCGUUCGCAUCAAACCACGAUGGCAAGCAACCCUUUGUCGAUGCCAUCGAUAUCGUCAACCCGCGCAACAGCGCCGAGACAUUCCACACCCGCCUGUGGCCAGUGCACUGCGUACAGGGUACGCCCGGCGCAGCCCUGGUGCCGGAGCUAGAUGCCUCGGCCGUUGACACUGUUAUCGAAAAGGGCCAGAAUAAGGACGUUGAGAUGUACAGCGUCUUUUACGACCCCUUCCAAGCACCCAGAGUAUCCGACAGCGGGCUUGCGGCCUCUCUCAAGGACAAGGGCGUCACGGACGUCUAUGUGGUCGGUCUGGCUGGUGACUACUGCGUCAAGUGUACCGCGCUGGAUGCCCAGAAGGAGGGGUUCCGGACCUUCAUCGUGGAAGAGGGUACCAGACCGGUGGACGCUGAGAAAUGGGACGAGUGCAAGGGCGCCCUGGAGGCCAGCGGAGUCAAGAUUAUCAGCAUGGAGGGCCCGGAGGUCCGUAGGGUUGGAGCGGUUGGACGGGGAUGAGGGGCCGAUCAACGUUGUACUCAAAAGCCGUCUGAUGACUUUGACACCGAAACCUCCAGAGCAGAGGCCAACGAUGCUUCCGUGUUCCCUCCAAGAUAGGUUAUGCGAUGAGUUCGGGAUACAUGUUGUUUCAAAGACUGGCGGCGUUUGGGGAACCGCCGAGCUGGGUUUACCAGCAUCAGCUUCAAUGGUGUAUGCUUUGGGCACAUGCGUUGACACAGCUCUUCCCCGGUGACAAAGGUGCUGUAUUCGCACGCAUGGAUAGCUUGAGGCGAUGUGAGAGGUUACGUAGCUUGGUAACGAUGGAACGGUUAUGGAUUCGUACCUAAUCUGUGCUCUCCUCUUUGUCGGCAUGUUUAAGAUUGGGAUUGACUUCUUGCCUUUAGUAAGGCCAAAGCUAGGUAUUGUAGCUCGUCAACAAAAGCUAGCAAAGUAGCUUGCCUACUCUUCGGGUUUGGUUCGUAACAGCGAGCGAGCAGAAUUGACUGACAGCAUGGAGUAUCCAUAGCGUAUUCGUAGACAUUCUCAGUUUAGAGUUACAAGGACUUGCUGUGCCGUCGUCGACGUGGUCAGCGAUGCUUGGAUA